AUGAAACUGCAGUUGCAAGAGGUCAUGCAAGACAUGCAGCACAAAACUUCCUCUACCAUCGACUCUCCUUUUAUCGCCUCCAUCAGAGAUAAAGCUCUCCCUUCCAAGUUCAAAAUGUCAUCGAUCGACACGUUUGAUGAUACCACUGAUCCAGUCGACCACGUGGAAGCAUAUCAGAUACCCAUGAUUCUCUAUGUCUUCCCCGAUGAAAUCAUGUGUUGCAUCUUCCUUGUCACAUUGAAGGGGUCGACGCGCCUAUGGUUCAGCCAGCUUCCUCCAGACUCUGCCACCUCCUUUCAUCAGCUCAGUGAGACCUUCUUGAGCCAUUUCAUCGGUGCUCAGCAGCAACGACAUCUAGCAACCCAACUGUUAAACAUCCGGCAGACGAAAGGGGAGUCAUUGCUCAGCUUUUUCACUCGUUUCAAUAUCGAGGCCUUACAAGUGGAGGAAAAUGAUGACAAGGUCAUUCUCAACACCUUCAUGGUUGGCUUGUGCCCAUCAGAUUUCCUUUUCUUCCUUUCCAAAAAUCCCCCGUCCGCCAUGGUCGCCCUUCUUGCCAAAACCAAAAAAUAUAUGAAUGUCGAGGACUCCCUGACAGCCUUCCAAGACUCUGCAUCUAAAAAUCCACCCCCCAAAGACAAAAGAAAAGAACCCAAACACAGGUCCUAA